AAAAUCGGCGGUUUGUUUUGAGAAGUUUGGCGAGCAACCACACCCCCUUUAUUGUCUCUGUCCCUGUGGUCUUGGGCCUGGCCCUGCUCCUCUGCCUCGAAAGAGGAAAGAAGCCUAGAUUCAACUCGUGACCUCGCGAACGGCAGCGAUUGAUUUUCGCAUUCCGCGCUCUAACGAGAUGAAGAAGACGUCGUCUUGUUAAUUUAGUAUGAGAAGAGCCAGAGAUGGCUCCAGUGCGAAGCAGGCGAAAUGUGAGUGAACACUUGAUCACCUCCUGGGAACAGUUCGUCCAGGCCAAGAAUACUUCAAAUGAGAAAACACAAUGGACCGAAAUAUUCCUCAUCGAGCUGCUCACGGCCUACAAGGACUGCACAGCAGAUAAUUUCAAUGAACUACUGCUCUCUUUUUGCAUUCCAAGCUUGGCAGGCACUCUGAUCAGCUGCGAAUUGCUGACCGAUGUGCACCAACUUUGUCAACAGCAGCCAGGUGGAGUCAACGAUGACACCAAACCUCUGCAGAGGUACCUGCUGCAAGGCCGAGGCACCAAGUGCCUCUUGGCCCUCAACCUCUUGGGCACACAGGGAAUCGCCUGUGGCCGUGAACUUGCAGGACUGCUUGUGUCAUUGUACCCAAUUUGCCAGCGUGACCCUAUUAAAAACGCCGCGGGAAACGACAGUCCAUUCUUCCACCGGGAACCCCAGGAAAAAUUUGACGUCAUCUUUAGCCAUAAACACAGCAGCUUUCCAAAAGGGUGGUCCACUGGUAGCAUGCAACCUAGACACUCAAACGCCAGUUCGACAAGCAGCUCUGUGCGAUAUAGGCGGAAGCGUUCUUCUUGCAGUUCUUAUCAACAGCCAACAGCAACAAGUGAUUCAGACAACGAAUUUCAAGACAAAGACGGGGAGUCUCCAAUAAUCGCCCCCACUCUUCGAAUCCACCUAAAUCCGAUGGACUUUGACUAUUUUACAUCAGUCGUGCGAAGCGAUGAUGAGUUUGAAAAAUGCAGAUCUGUGAAAAGAAGUGUCAGCCCAGGCGAUUUUUUCACCGAGAAAACAAAAUGUGCUGAGACAGCUGAACUUAGCGCCUUCAGCUACAGCCAGCUUCUGAUAAACCUGGUGCGCAAACUUUGUCUAUCUGAGCCGUUGGACUCCAACUGCCAGACUUCGGUGCAGGCCAUCAGCUUUGCCCUAGAGGAACUGUGUUCGCUCCAGUUUGGUUCGCUUUCCUUUGGUCUUAAGGAGCUCGACCUUGAGAUCAAGUGCUCCCUAACCCGACUUCUGGCGACGGCCCUCUCAAGGGUGGUCACUAUGCAUGAGCCAAGCAACUUAGUGGUGCACAACAACACAAUUUCCUUACUGGUGCGUGUACUGGAGGACGCGGUGCACAAAGCUGAAGCUGAACAAACUGAAUACGUGGCCAAGAGCCAUGAGCUUGUCUAUGGCUGCAUCCACUCAAUUUUGUGCUUUUAUUACUCGAUCUUACAACAACAUGAGAGAUCUAUAGACUUUGUGGAAGUAUUUCGACCGUUUUCUGAGAGCCAGGGCAGUCAUCUGUUUGAAAAAACGAUUGCUCUCUUGCUGAAAAAAGAAAUGCAGCUGGUGAACAUUUGCCGAGUGAAGAAGCUCAUCAACCUGGUAGGCUUGCUGAUCGCGUUACUGAAGAAAGUGCGCUCUGAAUAUGUGCACUCUCAUGUAUGCAAACGGCCGAGGCACAAGCAGUGCAGCAUGUUUGAGAGGCAUCAUCAUCACAAUCUAAUGGGACAAUCGUACAAGCCAUUUUUAUCCUCGUGCUGCAUCGCCAAGUUGUUCAUGGUGCUGACCAGAGUUGCCCAGCAGUGCGAAGUCUUUGAGGUUGAGAUGCGCACUCUCAAAGUCAUGGCGUACUGUGGCUCUUGUUGCUGUCAGCCACCGAGUGCCCUGUUGGACCCCAUGCUGAAGAUUGUUUCAAGAAACGACUUCAAGCUGAGCACCUUGGCGUUGUCAUUAUUAGAGAAGGUGUUGUACUCUGAGCUGGGCAGCGCAGCUGGCGUGUCUGCAUCUUGCUCGAUUUGCGGUUCCAGAAUGCUACAGCUAUUUUUGUCUCCCUCUGGUUUCUCGACGGACAACUCUUCAUCUUCAACCCUACAUGAAUCAUCAGUAUUGUUACUGGAGGAGAGUGCAAAUAAUUGCAAUAACAGUUGGAGUUGCUUAGAGGCUUACAGAAAUUUACUUGAGUCAGAAGACGUCAAAAUUUGCUAUAUAAUUAUAGAGCACCUCUUUAAAGUUAUACCAACUGCAAGUAACAUAGUGAAAAGAGAACUGCUCUUUAAAGUUGUCUUCCCUAUUUUCCUGAGUCAAAAAGACCAGGGACCUGAGAAUGAAGUGGCUCAGUUUAUGGUCACUUGCUGCCUCUCGAUAUUUUCAUCUCAACUCUGCAACGUUGCAUUCGCCAAGGAAUUCAUCAGUCAUGGUGGAUUAGAAAGUAUCUACGAGCUGAUUAAAUUGCCUUGUUACUCCAAGCUUUGCUGCUCCAUCCUUGAGGUGACCAUUAUUAUUGAGCUGUGGCGAAGCACAAAUGAGCCGUCGGAGGAGACCAUUAAGCUCACUUCAUUGAGCAUGUUGCUAACAGCUUUGGAGAACACAAGCCAAGUGCUCAUCAGCUCACUACAGAAGAUAUCUGCCAAACAGCAGAAGAGAGACAGGCUCCACCAAGGAAACUUCGAAGGUGACAGUGGAUGUCCAACAGAGACCACCGAUUCCUCUGAGCAGCAAUCAAAUGACUAUCCAACACCAAGCAGGAACCAGCUUCUUCAGCAAGUCAGUUUGGCCGCUGUUUUCUGGAAAUCAUGCGCUAGUCUAACUGCAUGCAGCCCUGAAUUUCGUUUUCAACUCUCUAACCACGGACUUGCCACUCAAGCAAGAAAGCUGCUGAAUUUGGUUGUCAAUCAAGCUGUUAGAGGCUCAACUGACAAUGACGAUUUUCACAGAGGCUCUGAACUUUAUUUAACUGUGCGACUCUUAGAAGCUCUCAUCACUGUUUGUUUGGGAAUAUCUGGUACUUUGAAUACAGCUAAUGAUGAUGAGCACAGCGUCCUUACGUGCGUUCAAGAAGCAGUUCUUACGUUGAAACCUAGAGGCAGGACGCACGUCCAAGCCAUAGGUGACAUGCUGUUGCGAUGCGCUUCGACUCAUUUCUUUGACCAGCAGGUGUUGCCAGCAAGGAGCAGACCAGAAUUGCCGAACAUACCCUCUGUGCUGCAGAACAUUUCUCUGCCUCCUUCCAGCAGCCAUGAUCUGGAUGAAGCAGAGGCGUCAUCAAUUGAUAACUCCUACUUAACCGCUGAUGAAGGAUAUGAGGCUGAUGUAGAAGUGGCCGAGUAUCUUUCUGAAAUCACUGAAGAUACUGCCAUAAACGUCGAGAGUCCAUCUUUCUUGAGCCCCAUCAUGUAUCAGCAAUCAGUGAAAGCCAACACUCUCAGCCAGCCACAGCUAUGCCGCUUGGUCGUCCUCCUAAUGGUUGAACUCAAUGAUAAAUUUGAUGGAGAAUUACAUCCUAGUAUGGUUCACAUCAUCCAAAAGUUAACUUCCUUGUGCCGAGACAGUCCACAAAACUGUGUGACUCUAGCCAAUCACGGAGUCAUAGCAACACUGCUCUCAGGGUUUUCAAACUUCUUGGCUGUAAGAGACAUGGAGAAAACUGAGCUUCAGCAAGUCAUCUUGGAAUUUGUUUGCCUCCUGGCCAGAUACAGUAUAACUCCUCAAGAGCUCUCAAUGUAUUUGAAUUUUUUCAAAUCGGAGGACCCUCCUUGCGACGUUCUUCUGACACCUCUGGCUCAGCUGGCUUCCCAGACGCGGCCGCAGCCUCACUUCAUCCUCUGCUUUCCUACCGACUCAGACUGCACUCCACUAGGGGUACCAGCGUUGGCCAAAGAAGCGGAACGUUUCAGCUUGGACAUGCACUCCAAACACCUUCAAUCCAGCACAUGUUCAGCUUGGGCAACCUCUGCAGUGGCCCUGCCUCUGAACACAUCUAUUGGUUGGUCAAUGUGGACAAAUGGUUUCUCCGCAUCUCUGUGGUUGAGAUCAGAGAUUGGAACAUCAGAUAUCCCUAUCAUCUUAACAACACCAAGAAAUUCUAGUGCAAGCUGUUCUGGUGGCUCUAUAACAUCAGACUGGAAUCAAGCGCUUUGCACUGGUUCUUCUCAUUCCUCACUGACAGACAGCAUGAAAUCUGCCCAAUCUAUCCAGAAUCUUGUCCAUCUGUUCUCGCUUGGAGGAGAAUCUGUAACCCUUGAGUUUUGGGCAGAUGCAACCUCUGAGAUGCUCUGUCUGCGCCUCUGCCGCUCAGACAACAAAUAUGAAAUACUCGCCGAAUCGGUGAUAAGCCAAUUUCUCCCCAAAGGCAACUGGCAUCACCUGGCAGUCAAUGUCAAAGACUCAAUGCAGCAAAAGAAGUCCAUAAUAGAGGUUACCCUUUUCCUCGAUGGCUGGAAAGAGACAAAAACGCAUCUCAAGUUCAGUGGCCUUCUUGUCCGCAAAAGCAGACCUGCUUGCUUUUUGCUUGGACACGCGGCUAAUUUGAGUAACAAACAAAUAGGCAGAUGGCAAUUUGGAAGUGUUAUGAUGUUCAGGGUGCCAGUUUUCACAAGAGAGCGGGCAAUAUACCUAGCUGGAUUGGGCCCAAAUAUUACAAAUCUUACUGAAUGCGAAGUCAACCAGCUAAAGCCAAAUUUUUCUCAGCUGAUUAAUUCGAAAACAGUAAACAGUGGCUUGAGUUGGGAACAGGUGCUAGAAGGUCCCAGCGUCAAUCUGAAAGCGCUCCAAGAAUACCUUUUGGUCACAUACUCAGCCCAACACUGUAAUAUGAUGCAUGUUUAUCCUACAGUCGUUGCAAAUGCAACAGGUUCUAUCUUCCAACAGAGCUCUGUUGGAUUCAGGGUAGUGGCCUCUGAGCAGCGUGCAAGUCAGCAAGUCCCGCUGACCAUGACACCAUUGUUUUUGGUGUCCGCUAAUAAAAAAAUUGAAGCCCAGCAGUUUAAAGGACUUGCUGCUGCUGCUACUCUUUUGGGCGGAAUUCAGGUCUUUUUGGUACUCUUAGGACGGGUUGUUGAGCUAGGCUGUCCUGAAGCAGAACAAGCUCUAGCGGCCUCGUUGCUUCUGCGACUUGCCCAGAGCGAUGCAGAACUCUUCACUCAACUCGCAGAGCAUCACAAACUGCUGUUGCAGGUGCUUGUGGCUCCAGACUGUCGAUCUGGCCCCCAUAUGCUGAAAUCUUUCUUGGACGCGUGCACUGAUCGCUCCCUGAUGCCGCUGCAACUACCCGCGAGUGACUUGGCUGUCAGUCACGUUUCGGAUGCCAUUGUGACCAACUCAUUUCUGCUAGCAACAACUGUGAAAGCUGCGUGGGACUCCACUGCGCUCAGCUGUCUCUUUAGAGCUAUGCACACCUUGCUGAGAGAUGACCAUCCCUUCCGCGAGUUCAACGCCACCCAAAUGAAUCGCGUGCGGUUGGUGGAGACCCUGUUGGUAUUUUGCAAAGAGAAGUUUAUUUAUGAGGAAAAUGAGGAACUGAGUGCACCGAUGCCGUUAGAUGUCAGUUGCUCACUGGUGGAACUUAUCAAGUCCUUGAUGGGUGCCCCGCCUGAAUUUUCACACAUUGUGGCAGUAGCUGAUUUCCUCCUGCUCGUACACAGGGCCAGUGCUACUUAUGUUAGCCAUGCCAGGUCAAACUUUUAUUACCUUUUGGCAACUGACGAUUUCAGCAAGAAUUUCAAUGCUGAAUUCGAAAAGAGGAAGGCAAGAUAUGAAGACCGCCGGCAGUCUGUUGAUGCAAGCAAACUGAACAAGGCGCUAGCCAACUUGCAAAUCAAGCAGAACGAUAUAGACAGUGACUUAGACUUGGACAGCAAUCGGGUGGAAGAAGAACAACAGCUCUACGCUCCAAUUGAUGGGAUAGCAAAAACAAAUAGCCUUGGCUACAGCAAUGACUCGGAAAUUUCUUCAUAUCACCCUAGUCUACCAGAUGAAGAUGAUGAAACACCCAAGGAAAACAUUUUGGGCUAUGAAAAGCACAAAUCAGAUGUGGCAAUGAAGGAGAAUGAAGUGGAAAGUGAGAAGGCUAAAUGCCAGGUCAUGGUGGUUGAAGGCCUAUUAUUAUUACUCCGGGACACCCUGAUGGUUCUGCCUGAUGUAAUGAGUCAGCAGGUUUUGAACCAUGUUAUUCGGCCUGAUAUGCUUUUGACCAUGGCGAACCACGUUGAUGACAAAGUUAGGUCAGCAGUCGUACGUGUCUUGACUGCCUACAUGCAGAGAGCCACAGAUGAGGAAGUCAAUAAGUUUUUAAAAAUGAAAGGCUAUUUCCUGCUAGCAAAUCAGCUUAGUCAGUUUAAAGCAACAAGUGAACUGGCUGACGCUUGCGUUAAUAUGAUCACUAGAUUCAAUGUGACGCUUGAUGAGUUAUCUGACCUCAGCUUUCUGAAGGACAUAACCUCACUGCAGAUGGCCUGUUUUCCUCCACUUCUCUCUCUACUUCCAAGAUCAGUCUGCAAUUUACCUUUGUGUCACAAUAUUGUGUCCUUUUUGAAAGAAGUUAUUACAAGGGUGCCAAGUUCACAUAGAUCGCUCCUGGAAUGUGGUUUGCUGGAGGCCAUGGGACAAACUUUGCUAGCAGUAGCUCACAUGCCUCCAACUCAGAGCAAAGUUCCUGGAGUCUCACUGUCAGAACAAGACCUUUUAAUUGGUGGAGUUCAUACUUUCUAUGCCACUGUCAUUGGCAGAGCCAUUGGACAACCUGGUUCGCUGAAUAUGCAGAUUAUACUGGAUCUUCUGCUUCAACUUGGCUACCUGGAAAAACAAGAAAGAUAUCGCUGUGGCUGGCCUUCAGGAUGCGCUCAAACCAUGAGAGAUGCACAGUGCUUUAUUCUAGAAAAAUCUUUGGAAAGGUUCAAAGAGAGGGGUUUAAAUACCAAUGCUCAAGAGCCUGGAUCCAGACCUAGGAGCUCUCCUGCUUUCCCAGACAAUAUGCUGCCAGCAAGCAACGAAGACCUGCCAAUAUUUGGAUCAGUUUGCGCCCAGCAAGUUCUCACGCUGAGUGGAGAACUAAAAGAUGUGCCUCGAGGAGAAAUCAAUGAUCGGUUCAAAUUACUCAUCCAGAAAUCAGUUGAAUUUGUGACUAGCGUUGAACCAUCAAAUAGCACCUACAAAGUCAGCGAAACUGAAAAUGCUUUCUGCCGUGACCUAUUGCUGACGCUUAUGGUUGCCCAUUGCUCUACUCUUGAGAAACAGCCUAGGACUCCAGCUCGUACUGUGUGGCAGGGGGCAGUCUGGGUUGCGAGGGACACUAUAAGGGUUCUCCUUGGUCAGCUGGCUGGUUUUAUGAUGUCUCCCCGCCAGCCAGUGAAAAUAAGAAUGUUUGUUGUUGCUACUCUUCUAGAAAAUAACAAGUGCAGGGAAAUCUUAACUUCCAUACUGCAGGCUAAUACACAAGUUGAGCAAAGAUUUGCAGUGUUCCUCAGAGAUUUGGUGAUGCUUCGCAAUGGCUUACCUUUGACCUCAGCUGACAUCAACAUGUGUGAAAUGCUUAUUUCAAGAAUGGACCAAUGGGGAAUUGUCAGCGUCAAGAGUGCUUCAAGCAAACCAGUUUUGUGGUCAGAAGAAUUGGCUCUAUUUCAUGAGGAAAUCGACAGGAAGCGGCAAAACAAUUUAAAACAGCUUGAUGUUGCACAAAAACGAGCUGUCACAAAACUGGAGGAAUUGGCAAAAUCUGUGACAGAGUCAGCAAUGAUAGCAACAAGAGCUGCCGUUGAAGCACAGAAUGCUGAGAGAAAAGCUUUCAUGGAGCACAUCAAAGCGUCUACUAUUGAGAGGGUGCAGUUGAGGGUCCAUUGGCACAGUAUUGUACAGCAGAUGACCCAUGAGAAAGCUGUUUGGUUCUUUUCUGCUUCAUACCCAAGGUCAUGGCAAUUAGAUCCAACAGAAGGGCCAUCUCGAGUCAGGAAACGUUUAGCCAGAUGUCACUUGAAUAUGGAACAAAAGUAUUUGAUGCCUGAGAGUCGAUUAAAAUUAGAAGCUUGUCUGAAGCGACCUGCUUUGAGUUUCCUCUUUCAACAUGAUGGGAAAGGCAGCUCGUCAGUACUGAUAGAACGUCUUCACACCAAUGAAAAGAUUAAAUACAUGACCACAGUGAAAGUGAUCACACCUACCCAAGAAGUUUCAGGCGAAAUCCUUGUUGGUGAAACAUGCCUAUAUUUUGUGUCUGACGACUUGGAUGCCACUCAAGAUGUGUCUUCAAUGGCUUGGAAGUUUGAAGAUGUUAAGGAAAUACAUCAAAGGAGAUUUGAACUGAAUGAGAGAGCAGUGGAGAUUUUCCUGACCAAUGGUAGGACUUAUCUGCUUGCACUUCAAUCAUCCAAACUAAGAGAUGAUUUUUUGCAGGUGAUUUCUCAGUGUCACUUCCCAAAUCUUCUGCCAACCGAAAACCUCAACAGUAUCAUGCAACUGUGGCGGGAUGGUGUUUUAUCAAACUUUGAUUAUCUCACUCAACUGAACAAGAUGGCUGGGCGCUCCUUCAAUGAUUUGAUGCAGUACCCUGUUUUUCCCUUUAUCAUAUCAGACUACGAGAGCCCCAGACUAGACCUUGCCAGCCCAUCUGUAUAUCGCAACCUUGAAAAACCAAUGGCUAUUCAAAAAAAGGAGAAAGAAGAAGCGUAUCUUAAAACCUACGUUGAACUGAAGAAUAGUGAACUUGGAGCAAGCGAUCCAUACCACUACAAUUCACACUACUCCAACUCUAGCACUGUACUGCACUUUCUAAUCCGGGUGCCACCAUACACGCAGAUGUUCAUUAAUUUCCAGGACAAUCAAUUUGACUGUGCUGACCGCACAUUUCACUCUCUGGAAACUACCUGGAGACUUUCAAGCUGCGAUUCCCACACUGACUUCAAAGAACUGACCCCUGAGUUUUUCUUCAUGCCUGAAAUCUUUCAAAAUUUUGAGGGAUUUGAUUUUGGCUGCAGACAAAACAACAAACGAGUUCACGAUGUGGAACUGCCACCUUGGUGCAAUGGUGACCCUAGAUUCUUUGUUCUGGCGCACCGGCAAGCUAUUGAGUCGGAUUAUGUCAGAGAAAACUUGCCUCACUGGAUUGAUUUAGUUUUUGGCUACAAGCAAACUGGCAAAGCAGCAAUAGAUGCCAUUAAUGUCUACCACCCCUGCACCUACUAUGGCUAUGAUGUAGACAGUGUUGAUGACCCAAUGACUAAAGCUGCUAGGAUAACAAUGGUGCGCCAGUAUGGUCAAAUGCCAAGACAACUGUUCAAGGCGCCUCAUCCAAUGAUCGUGCAGUCCCUUGCCAAUAAAGAGUCAAAGAGAAGUAUAGCGCAGUUUGCCCCUCCCUUCCAUGGUGCCGUCCAAAAUCUCAGGUGGGGUAGCUAUGUGGGCUCACCAACUGAGGGAGAACCAAAGGUCGCUUGGAAGCAUACUCAUAGAACGCCAAUCACCGGACUUGUCCCUCUCAGAUCCAAUGAUGUGUUUGGGCUUGCACCGUGCACUUCGCUGCUAUUGACAAAUCAAAAUGGUCGGGGCACCUUACUGGGCACACCCAACGUCCUCAGCGCUGCUCUCAUCUCGUGGGGUCACUCGGACGGAGUUCUACGAGCCAAAGUGCGUAAGGAGCAACCUCCUGCACCACUGAUGCAGAUUCCAAUGCUCGACCCUGUGACUGUGUGUGCCAGCACGCCAGACCUGCCUCAACUAUGGAUUUCGCUCGCCUCUGGCCGUAUCUUGGUGAUGAGUUUUGACAUCCAGCCUGAUAGGCAUCAACUGAACCCAAAAAAAGAGCUCGUCCAGCUGCUUGGCCACAAGGGACCAGUGCUCAGUUUGGCGCUAAGUGUCGCUUACAGUGUGGCCGUUUCUGGCAGCCAGGAUGGUGUUGCAAUCAUCUGGGACCUUAAUAGUUUGCUGUAUGUAAGAUCGAUUGAAGGCUUUGGUGGCCCUGUGCAGAAGGUAGCUGUCAGCGACACUACAGGUGAUAUCGCGCUGGUUGGCCCGCAGUUUGACUCCAAGAGUGACCGUGGAUCCAUGCUCCGCUUGUACAAUGCAAAUACAAUGCUGAUUGGAUCCGUUUCUUGCGAGGAACAAAUAACAGCCUUGUGUUUCUCGUGCGCCCAGGAAGGCUUGUCCAUCAAUGCCGUUGCUGCUGGAUUGGCGACUGGAGAGAUAAGAUUAUGGAAUGCGUGGGACUUGUCACCCAUAAGGAAGAUCGCGUGUGAUUACAUCAAUACACCGAUUGUGGAUUUGGUUUACUCAUUUGACGCGCAACAUCUGUACGCGACUGCCAUGGAUGGAACUGUUGUCAUCUGGGAAGCCUCGGGUAGCCGAGGAAAGACGGCAAAGUUUCUCAACCUGACUUCUCUUUAGUUGAAUCUGUUAGAAUGUGUUCAAAACAUCUGGAAAUAUUUUCCCCAAUAUAUCCCCAUUAAUCAAGAGGGUAGGUAGCUGGCUUUGCUAUUUUUAAUGCUAUAACUUGUGAUUUACUCACUUCUUAACCAACUGAAACUAGUUAACUGCAUUUGUAGAUUUAUUUUCAAAGUGCCAUUAUCAAUUAUAUAUUUUGUAUAGUUUAGUUUACUUUAUUGUGCAGCUAUUUUAGAAGAGAAUAAUUAUUUCUUAUAUUGAUGUGUUAUCCUUUGUCAAAUCACGUAUUUACUCUAAUAUUUUAUAUAUAUUUUCUCAAGAAAUGGUGCAUCAACAAUCUGAUCAAAUUAUAUUUUGGUUUAUUAGUAGACAUUCCUUCACUUUCCAUAAUUGUCUAGCUAUUAUGAUGUUUACUGAUUAUGAUGAAUGAGUUGAAUCAAGCAUGUGUGAUACCUUUGAGAACAACCCUUGGAUAUAAAUUUGCUGUGAUGACUGUCAAGCAAAAAUAUUAAAAUCAUAAAUGCAAUAAUAA